AUGCUGACAGCCCAGGGGGACAUUCAACAGAACAAAGCUGAUGUGGCUGAAUUGAGAUGUCACAUGCAGAGAACUGACAGUCAGGGGUCCCUUUAUCGAGUGAUGAGAGAAGAAAUGUCAGACAAACAACAUAAAAUAGACACCAGAACUCAAGACUACACAGAGCUCCAUGCACAACUUAAAGAUAUGUUGAAUCAUAUAGCACAAGAGACAAAUGAUGUGAAAUCCAUAGAAGAACAGUUACGUGAUGGCCAGGUUGCACAGAAUGAUGCCUUGCGUAGUGAACUAGAAGGUAUUGUAGGGGGACUCCAGACAUAUCUCCAAGAUGUUAAACAGAGGGCAGCCAAUCAGAAUGAAGCAUAUAAUUCACUGCAAAUAGAGAAGGAUGCAUUAGAGGAAAGAUUACAUAACCUUGAGAAGGAGAUGGGCAUCAUGGAUUCAGAGGCUGGAGGCUAUAUGAAAUUAAGAGAAAAAUUGCAUAAUCUUGAAGUAUCCUUACAUACAAAAGAUGAAGAAAAUCAGAUGCUGAAAUCACAGCUUGAUGAAACACUCUCUGCUGAUGCAAACAUUGAUCGUGACAUAAAAUUAGCUCAAGAAGAAGUUGAGGCUCUGAGACAUAGCCUUAAAGCAGCAGAACAAAAAUCAAUGGCUGAUAAACAAGUUUUGUUAAAUAAACUUGAAAAUGAACAAAAGAGGGCAGCACAUGCUGUUGAUAAACUAAAGCAGGCAGCUAACACAGAGCUUCAAUCCCAGUUACAAGAAAGAGACAAUGAGAUUCAAGAGUUACUCAACAAAUCAAGCCAGCCUCAACAUAUUCAACAGAAACUACAGGACAUGAUGGAAAGCAUUGAUGCAGGCCAGGCACCAGAUGAAUCCAUAUUUGAAGAACCAAAUGAGGUCAAUGAAGCAUUAAUGGAGAUGCAACGCCAGCUAGUGGACAAAAUAUACACUAGUCAGGCAGAAGUGAAGAAAGCUGAGAAAGAGAAAUCAAAGUCCGAGUCAGAAGUAAGAAAAUUGAGAGAACAACUCUCAAAAUUGAACCAAGCUAACAACACACAACCUCAACAGAACUCCAGCAGUGGUGAUGAUGACACAAUAGCUCAACUGCAAGAGGAAAUAUCUCAGCUAAAAGAUGCCUUGAAACAGUCCAAGCAAAAACAGACAUCUAACCAAUCCACUGGUCUACCUAACCACUUCCUUGAGCCUACACCUCGUAGUGACCAUACCAGAAUUGGAGGCUCACAAAGGGACCUCUGA